AUGGAACAUAUUGGCUUUCACUACGAUCCUGACUGCGACUACAGCCUGCAUGGUGCCAUUGGAGCAAUGGAUAUUAUUUGUACGCAUUGCAAUGCAGCGAAGUUUCGAGGAGAAACAGCUGGCAUGUGCUGCUCCAGUGGCAAAGUGAAACUGCCUGCAUUGGAACCGCUACCUGAACCAUUACAUUCCUUGCUCACUGGAGAAUCGCCGACGUCUAAGCAUUUCUUGCAGAACAUACAAGCAUACAAUUCAUGCUUUCAAAUGACUUCUUUUGGUGCCACAAAGAUCAUUAGAGAUUCAUUUAUGCCGACGUUCAAGAUUCAGGGACAAAUAUACCAUCGAGCAGGCUCGCUCAUACCAUUUGCCGACGCCGCCUAUCAAUUUUUGCAAAUAUAUUUCAUCUGUAAUGAAAAUGACCAACUAAAUCAACGAUGUAACAUUGCGGCCGGCACAAGGCAAGAAAUCGUACUGAAUUUGAAAAGAUUUCUCCAUGAACACAACGAAUUGAUUCGAUUGUUCAAAAUCGCAUUGGACCGCAUGCCGUCUGAUAACCAUCGAAUCGUCAUCAGAGCAGACAAAAUGCCGAUGGGGCAGCAUGCCAGACGAUUCAACGCACCAACAAUCGAUCAGGUGGCAAUCGUCAUUGUUGGCGAACAGUUUGAAUUGCGAGAUAUUGUACUGCACCGUAGAAAUGAACAACUUCAGUGUGUUUCCGAGCUACACUGUAGUUAUGAUGACGGCUAUCACAUCAAUAUGCGAUUGAUAAAUCCAACUACUGGUAAAAAGUAA